CCCCAUCGUCCACUCGUUCGUCGCUUGCCGCUUCGUCUUCCUCCUCCCACCCACGAAUUAAUCCUCCUCCAUUUUUGCUAAUCCCGACCUCUCUCCCUCGCUAAUCCGCCGCGACGCGCACGCGCGCGCAGUACAAAUCCGCGCCGCCGACCUCGCCUCGCCGAGCUUGCGAGGUGGUUCCCCGUUCGGCCCCCGGGGGGCCCGCCAUGGGCUAGGGUUUGCGGGCGAUGGAGUGGGACAGCGACUCGGAGGGGAGCGGAGACGAGGAGGAGGAGGAGGAGGAGGAGGAGGAGGAGGGGGUUGAGGUGGGGGGAGGUGGGGAUGGGGGCGUGGGCGUGGGAGUCGGUGGGGGAUUCGCGCUGGCGAUCGAGGGGGUGCUGGGCGCGUGCGGGCUGGUGGUGUCGGACGCGCUGGAGCCGGAUUUCCCCAUCAUCUACGUCAACCGCGGCUUCGAGGACGCCACCGGGUACCGCGCCGAGGAGGUGCUCGGGAGGAACUGUCGAUUCUUGCAGUGUAGAGGACCAUUUGCUAAGAGGAGACAUCCCCUUGUUGAUACUACAGUAGUUACUGACAUUCGGAGAUGCUUAGAGGAAGGCACUGUGUUCCAGGGCGAUCUGCUGAACUUUAGGAAAGAUGGUUCUCCAUUCAUGGCAAAGCUCCAGUUAACACCCAUUUAUGGAGAUGACGAAACAAUAACCCACUAUAUGGGCAUGCAGUUCUUCAAUGACUCUAAUGUUGAUUUGGGGCCAUUGUCUGUCUCUACAACAAAGGAGAUUGUGAGAUCUACUUUGAUUACACCAGAUAACACCAUCCGACCAAGUCCAAUGGGGAAGGGCUUCUGCUCAGAGCAUUCUGAUCUUUUCCUAUUGAGUGAUGAGGUACUUUGCCAGAAGAUCCUAUCAAGAUUAUCGCCCAGGGAUAUAGCAUCUGUAAACUCUGUAUGUAAACGGCUGUACCACUUAACAAGGAAUGACGACCUUUGGAGAAUGGUUUGUCAGAAUGCAUGGGGCAGUGAAGCAACUCAAGUUCUUGAGACUGUGGCUGGAACAAGAAGUUUGGCAUGGGGGCGGUUAGCAAGAGAGUUGACCACCCUGGAAGCUGUCACCUGGAGGAAAUUGACUGUUGGGGGUGCAGUGGAGCCUUCUCGCUGCAACUUCAGCGCUUGUGCGGCAGGGAACCGUGUUGUCCUUUUUGGAGGGGAAGGUGUUAACAUGCAGCCAAUGAAUGAUACAUUUGUGCUUGAUUUGAAUGCCAGCAAGCCAGAAUGGAGGCACAUCAAUGUGAGAUCGGCUCCUCCUGGGCGCUGGGGUCAUACCCUUUCUUGCCUAAAUGGAUCACGGUUGGUUUUGUUUGGUGGUUGUGGAAGGCAGGGCCUGCUCAAUGAUGUGUUCAUGUUGGAUUUGGAUGCACAGCAACCAACUUGGCGUGAGAUUCCUGGCCUUGCACCACCAGUUCCACGGUCAUGGCAUAGUUCUUGCACAUUGGAUGGAACAAAAUUGGUGGUAUCUGGUGGCUGUGCUGAUUCUGGUGUGCUUCUCAGUGACACGUAUCUUUUGGAUGUAACAAUGGAAAGACCUGUUUGGAGGGAGAUACCUGCAUCUUGGACUCCACCUUGUAGAUUGGGGCACUCGCUCUCUGUCUACGAUGGCAGGAAAAUCCUGAUGUUUGGUGGUCUUGCUAAAAGCGGUCCUCUACGACUAAGGUCUAAUGAUGUGUUCACAUUGGAUUUAAGUGAAAAUAAGCCAUGCUGGCGGUGUAUCACCGGCAGUGGAAUGCCAGGAGCCAGUAAUCCAGCUGGAGUUGGUCCACCCCCUCGCCUUGACCAUGUCGCUGUGAGCCUUCCUGGAGGGAGAAUUUUGAUAUUUGGUGGAUCAGUGGCAGGUCUUCACUCCGCUUCAAAGCUUUACCUGCUGGAUCCGACUGAAGAGAAGCCUACCUGGAGGAUACUGAAUGUUCCUGGCCGCCCUCCGCGAUUUGCCUGGGGCCACAGUACCUGUGUUGUGGGAGGUACAAAGGCGAUAGUUCUUGGAGGACAAACUGGAGAGGAGUGGACACUAACUGAACUGCAUGAGCUUUCUCUGGUAAGCUCUUUAGUCUGAGGAUGGAAGUCAAGUCCCCAGCAGGCUUCCAGCUUCAUUGAAGUGAUGAUGUAUACAGAGAGAAGCUAUUGUUUUCAUUUGACCGAAGCCUGGACAUUUUCACCGUUGAAGCCACACAGAAACACAAUUGAAAUGUGCAAGCAAAGUGAGUUAUUCUCCUUGGAAGGGUAGUUUGUGUUUGGUUGGAAAGAGAUGAUGACUAGUCUCAAGUAGUAGAUCCACUUAUCUGGUUACUCACCGCUUCUCUGCGUCGCUAUUUGUUUGGCCUACUACAAAAUAAUAGAUAAUAAUUAUCACCCAUAACCUAAUAAUUAUCUGUUUGUUCUCAUCAGAUGUUUCCUACACUCAACCAAAAGGAUCUGGAAUUGUAUAGUUGGAAGCUCUGAUGCAAUGCAACAAGCAUGCUCUUCAAAGGCCAAAAUGAUAGUGAUGAUGCUGUACUGAUCCAAUAUUUCUGAUAAAUUGUUCGAUCUUUUGUUGAACAUGCAAAACUGUUCGAUUAGUUGUACACCAUUUUUUUUUCUCUGGCAAUACAUUUAGUGUCAAUUACCAAAGGACACCAUAUCUGCAGAAAUCACCCCCCCCCCCCUCUUUCUCUCUCCUCUCUCACAUGUGUUGUAUGUUUAAUCUUUAAACAUUGUGAUGACAAUGUCUGUUCACAUAGACCACACGGUUAUACUUUUGUAACUUUGAUUGUAGCUGAAAGCACCUGGAUUGAUCAUUGGAAAACAUGGAGAUUUUGCUUCCAUACAAA